UCUUCUUUGUGUUACCAUUCUCUUAAAUGUUUUCGUCUUUUUUGGUUUGUUUUUUGAGUUUUUUCUUGCUGCAGUACAGUUUUUGUUUACUUUUUCUCUUUUUUGGUAGUUUUUUUUCAUUAAUUUCCUGAUUCUUGCCCGACACAAGCUUUCUUCUACUGGGUUGAACUUCUUUGACUGUGAAAACCCAAUUGAUAUUGUUUUUUGAACGUCCGAUCAAUUCCCAGUUGGUGUAUUGAACUCCUGGUGUGCCUCUUCUUUUUUCUUUUUCCCUUUUUUCUCAGAGCUUUCGUGGCUCUUUUGAGUUGAAGAAGAAGAUUGUGGCAACCACAAAAGUCUAAACCAAAAGGGAAAUUGAUUUCUCUUUUCUCUACCCGGAGAAAAGUAGUAUAGGUUGGUCUUUUUCUCCCCCAUCAUAGCUGGAUUUAGCAUUAUCUUUUUAAAUUUUUUAAAAAUAAAAACUUUUCCUUUUUCAAAUUUCGUAAAAGUCCUCAUUACGUUCUUGAUUAUGAUUCAUUCUAGUAUUAUUUCUUCAAAUUUAAUGCUCCCCCUGGCUUUCCAUAUCGAAAGGAUGCAAUCCUUCAUGGGGUUGGUUCAAUCAAAGUGACUAUUUACCAUUUUUUUUUUCUAAAUUCAUUUAUCUAUUGGGUUUUGUUUAUGGGGUUGCUUAAAUGGAGUUGAAUCAUAUUUUGCUGGAAUUGGGGGAAUGGAGAUUGGUGAGAACCAAAAAUAAAUCAAGGAUUGUAUUGUUUGGUUUCAUUUCAAGUUCGUGAAGAUGUCUUCUGCUUCUUGGAUCACCACCCUCUCAUGUUCCAGUUCAGUGAUAGCAUCCUCAGGGGAAACACCUUUUUCAUUGAUACUUCAAUGGCUGAGAUUCAUCUUCCUCUCUCCAUGUCCUCAGAGAGCUCUUUUAUCUUCCAUUGAUCUCCUCUUCUUGCUCACCCUCAUUGCAUUUUCCGUUCAAAAGCUCUAUUCUAGAUUCAUCUCCAAUGGCCGCUCCAGCUCCGCCAUUAACAAGCCCCUCAUCAGAAAUAACAGAGCUCGUCUUAGAACUACUCUUUGGUUUAAACUCACUCUCACUGCAACAGCUCUUCUAGCUGUCUGCCAUGGAUUUCUAUGCAUUUUGGCCUUUGCUAGAGGUGCCCAGAUGCCAUGGAAGUUAAUUGAUGCCCUCUUCUGGUUGGUUGAAGCUAUAACCCAUUUUCUCAUUACCAUCUUAAUUGCCCACGGGAAGAGAUUCCAAGCUGUCACCUAUCCAUUAUCGCUUCGGAUUUUCUGGGUUGUAAGCUUCAUCAUCAGUUCAUUGUUUACCACUUCUGGGAUUAUUCGAAUCUUCUUCGUGGAAGGAUUCGAGGCUUCCAAUUUGAGAUUGGAUGAUAUUGUCACUUUGGUUACUUUUCCAUUAUCAGUUGUUCUUCUACUUGUUGGUAUCAGAGGAUCAACUGGGAUUACAGUUGACAGAGAAUCUGAACCAGUAAUGGAUGUGGAAGAGAAAUUGUAUGAACCUCUUCUGGGAAAAUCCAACGUAACUGGCUUUGCUUCAGCUUCUAUUUUGUCUAAAGCUUUAUGGCUUUGGAUGAAUCCUUUACUGGGUAAAGGCUACAAAUCCCCACUCAAGAUUGAUGAAAUCCCAUCCCUUUCGCCAGAACAUCGAGCUGAAAGAAUGUCAGAGCUCUUUGAAUCGAACUGGCCUAAGCCGCAUGAAAAAUUGAAUCACCCGGUCAGAACCACACUGUUCCGGUGUUUCUGGAGGGAGGUUGCUUUCACUGCCUUUCUGGCAAUUGUUCGUCUCUGUGUUAUAUAUGUGGGGCCUCUUCUCAUCCAAAGAUUUGUUGAUUUCACGUCAGGGAAAAGAAGCUCCCCUUAUGAAGGAUACUACCUUGUAUUGAUUCUCCUCAUUGCGAAAACCGUGGAGGUUUUAACAUCUCACCAUUUUAAUUUCAACUCUCAGAAGCUCGGUAUGCUUAUCCGAUCCACUCUCAUCACUUCAUUAUACAGGAAAGGCCUGAGGCUAUCAUGCUCUGCUCGGCAGGAUCAUGGGGUUGGACAAAUUGUGAAUUAUAUGGCUGUUGAUGCUCAGCAGCUCUCUGAUAUGAUGCUUCAGCUACAUGCCAUAUGGUUGAUGCCUUUGCAAGUGACUGUUGCCUUAGUGCUUCUUUAUAAUGAACUUGGUGGUGCCAUGAUCACAGCAGUAAUCGGAAUUUUUGCGGUUCUUUUGUUUGUUCUGAUGGGCACUCGAAGGAACAACAGAUUCCAACACAAUGUGAUGAAAAAUCGUGAUUUGAGAAUGAAGGCAACUAAUGAGAUGCUCAAUUACAUGCGCGUUAUCAAGUUCCAGGCGUGGGAAGAGCACUUCAAUAAGAGAAUUCAAUCUUUUCGCGAAUCUGAAUUUGGAUGGCUUACCAAGUUUAUGUACUCGAUCUCAGGCAAUAUUAUUGUAAUGUGGUCAACACCAUUAAUGAUAUCGGCUUUCACAUUUGCUACUGCGAUCAUGUUGGGCGUCCAGCUUGAUGCAGGGACAGUGUUCACGACAACUUCAAUCUUUAAAAUCUUGCAGGAGCCAAUCAGGGCCUUCCCACAGUCUAUGAUCUCAAUUUCACAAGCAAUGAUCUCACUGGCCAGGUUGGAUAAGUACAUGACAAGUAGGGAAUUGGUGGAGAGUUCAGUGGAGAGGGAGGAGAGUUGUGAUGGUAGAAUUGCUGUGGAGGUGAAAGAUGGGGUGUUUAGUUGGGAUGAUGAAGGGAAAGAGGAAGUUUUGAGAAAUUUGAAUUUUGAGAUCAAGAAAGGGGAGCUUGCAGCUAUUGUUGGGACAGUUGGGUCGGGGAAAUCUUCUCUUCUGGCCUCAGUUCUUGGUGAGAUGCAUAAAAUAUCGGGACAGGUCAGGCUUUGUGGGACAACUGCCUAUGUGGCACAGACAUCAUGGAUCCAGAACGGGACCAUUCAGGAGAACAUCCUGUUUGGUUUGCCAAUGAACACAGAGAAAUACAGGGAAGUUAUCAGGGUCUGUUGCUUGGAGAAAGACUUGGAAAUGAUGGAGUAUGGAGAUCAAACUGAGAUUGGAGAGCGUGGCAUCAACCUCAGUGGCGGCCAGAAGCAGCGCAUUCAACUUGCAAGAGCUGUUUAUCAGGAUUGUGAUGUCUAUCUUCUCGAUGAUGUCUUUAGCGCUGUGGAUGCUCACACUGGGACCGAUAUAUUCAAGGAAUGUGUUAGGGGAGCUCUCAGAAACAAGACCAUCUUGCUCGUCACCCAUCAAGUCGACUUCCUGCACAAUGUUGAUCUUAUCUUAGUGAUGAGAGAUGGGAUGAUCGUCCAAUCAGGAAAGUACAACGAUCUACUAGAAUCUGGCAUGGAUUUUAAAGCACUAGUAGCUGCCCAUGAAACCUCCAUGGAACUUGUAGAAGAAGCAGGCCCUGCCAUCACCAGUGAGAAUUCACCCAAACUACCACAAUCUCCUCAACCCUUUUCCAACCAUGGGGAAGCCAAUGGUGUAGACAAGUCUGGAGACCAAUCCAAGUCCAAUAAAGAAUCUUCUAAGCUAAUCAAAGAUGAGGAGAGGGAAACCGGAAAAGUCAGCUUUCAAGUGUACAAGCAAUACUGUACUGAGGCUUAUGGGUGGUCGGGAUUAGCAGGAGUGUUGCUACUGUCUCUGGCAUGGCAGGGGUCUCUCAUGGCCAGUGAUUACUGGCUAGCAUAUGAAACUUCAGAAAAGCAUGCUAAGUCAUUCAACGCAUCUUUGUUCAUCACCAACUAUUCAAUUAUUGCUGCUGUUUCUGUCCUGUUGAUAGUGAUCAGAUCAUUUACUGUCACAAAGCUGGGGCUUAAGACAGCACAGAUUUUCUUCUCGCAAAUUCUUCACAGCAUUCUGCAUGCACCCAUGUCGUUCUUUGACACAACACCUUCGGGAAGAAUCCUUAGUCGGGCAUCGACAGAUCAAACCAAUGUCGAUCUCUUUGUACCCUUUUUUAUGGCCGUAACCCUUGCCAUGUACAUCACGCUGCUCAGUAUCAUCAUCAUCACUUGUCAAUAUGCCUGGCCAACGAUAUUCCUAUUAAUUCCACUUGGUUGGCUGAAUGUUUGGUACCGGGGAUACUUUAUUGCAUCAUCUCGGGAAAUAACUCGCCUUGACUCAAUCACGAAAGCGCCUGUUAUCCAUCAUUUCUCAGAAAGCAUCUCUGGAGUUACGACAAUCCGCUGUUUCAGGAAGCAGAUUGGGUUCACACAGGAAAAUGUUCACCGGGUGGAUAAGAAUUUGCGCAUGGAUUUCCACAACAAUGGAUCCAACGAGUGGCUUGGCUUCCGUUUAGAACUGAUUGGAAGCUUCAUCAUGUGUCUUUCAACCAUGUUCAUGAUCUUGUUGCCUAGCAGUAUUAUAAAGCCAGAGAACGUUGGCUUGUCACUCUCCUACGGGUUGUCCCUCAACAGUGUGCUGUUCUGGGCCAUUUACAUGAGCUGCUUUGUGGAAAACAAGAUGGUUUCUGUUGAGAGGAUAAAACAAUUCACAAACAUUCCAUCAGAAGCAGCUUGGCAGAUCAAAGACCGUCUUCCUCCUCCAAAUUGGCCCACCCAUGGCAAUGUGGAGCUCAAGGACUUGCAGGUUAGAUAUCGUCCAAACAGUCCUCUGGUGCUCAAAGGCAUUACUCUGAACAUUCGAGGGAAAGAGAAGAUCGGGGUUGUUGGUCGAACAGGGAGUGGGAAGUCCACUUUAGUCCAGGUGUUCUUUAGGUUGGUGGAGCCUUCAGGGGGGAAGAUUAUCAUUGAUGGCAUUGAUAUCGGCAUGCUUGGGCUUCAUGAUCUAAGGUCUCGCUUUGGCAUCAUUCCUCAAGAACCCGUUCUUUUCGAAGGAACUGUGAGAAGCAACGUGGACCCAGUUGGGCAGUACUCAGAUGAAGAAAUAUGGCAGAGCCUUGAACACUGUCAAUUGAAAGAAGUGGUGGCUGGAAAACCCGAUAAACUUGAUUCACUAGUGGUCGACAAUGGAGAUAACUGGAGUGUGGGGCAGAGGCAGCUUCUCUGCUUGGGGCGUGUAAUGCUGAAGCGCAGCCGGAUUUUGUUCUUGGAUGAGGCAACUGCUUCUGUUGAUUCACAAACAGAUGCUGUGAUUCAAAGGAUCAUCCGAGAAGACUUUGCAAACUGCACAAUCAUCAGCAUCGCUCACAGGAUACCCACAGUCAUGGACUGCGACAGGGUCUUAGUCAUAGAUGCAGGUAGAGCCAAAGAAUUCGACAAACCAUCUCGCCUGCUGGAGAGGCAUUCCCUGUUUGGGGCACUGGUUCAGGAGUAUGCAAACCGCUCAGCAGGAAUGUAAGCAAACAAGCAUUCAGGCUGUCCAGACAUCUUCAUGGGGAUUCCUUCCAUGGGAACUCUGUGUACCAGCAUGUGGAUCAAUUACUAAUUAGGUGGAAAAUACCAGUCUCUGAUUCUUGGAAUUUGGCUCUGAGCAUCCCAUUAUUCAAAGCUACAGAAAUUUUAUAUGAUCCAUGUUCGAAGUCAAACUACGUAGCUUUGUUAUUAAUUAGUGAUGUUGUACCAUAUUGAUAUCUAUAAGAUACUUUAGUAUCAUCAGUUGAAAUGGUUCUGAUGAGUUACGGUAUUAUUGUGAGCUUGUUUCCAGAAUUGGGUGUCUGCUAACGAGCUAAUUAAUAAUAACAAUGUUGUUGUCACCAGUUUAAA